ACUUGUCUAUGGUAUAUAAUUGAUAUGUCAAAUUGUCAUUAAAGAUCGUGAAUAGAAAAUGUAAUAGAAAUAAACGAGAAAUUUCUUUUUCUACCCUAACUAUUGCACAGGACGUAAUAGAAGAUCAAUGGAUUCAUUGUUAUGAAAAAGUCAAACUCUUUGCUGACGAUUGAUUUGAUUUUAGUCUGAUUAUUGUAAGUUAUCUGAAAAGGAUAUGAAUUUCUGGUUGUUGGCGAAACAAUUUGAGAGGACGCAUCAACAGACUGUUUUUUAUCAUUAUGUUUUAUUGCAUUUAUGAUGAAAAACUUGUAAAGUCUGUUUCUGUGCUUGCAAAGAUUUUUAUGACUGUCAAGUUAUUUGAGCAGAAUUUGUCCAAUGGGCCAUUGUCUAAGUUGUUUCAAAAACCAAGCUAAUGCAGACAUUACUACUUCUCCUCAUAGGAAAAAAGAUGAGCUGACAGAUAUAGCAGUCACAGUUUCUGUUUUUCCACAACAAGAGCCACUUCUGCAUGACAAUCAAAACAGCAUUAACAGCUUAAGGAACACAAGCACAUCUCAAGUAUCAAGCACCAGGUCUGGAGAGCAGAGCCCUGUUGAUAUAAUCAAUACUCAGAAAACACAUUUAGUUUCAGAAAAAGUACCUAAACCAUUUUAUCAGAAAUUGCCAACCAUACCCAGGACUAUGUCAUCUUUGGGGGCAAAUGAUUCCCGCAUAUCUGAGUCUAAAAUUAAUCAACUUUUUGAUCAAUACAAAGAUUCAUUAGAAGAUGCUAUAUUGGCAGAAGGAAUAGAAAAUCUUUGUAAUGAUUUACAGCUAAAUCCUGAUGAUUUUAAAGUUUUGGUUUUGGCCUGGAAAUUGAAUGCUAGUCAAAUGUGUAGGUUCACAAAAUCUGAAUUCAUUCAGGGCUUGAAAAAUAUGAAAACUGAAUCUAUUAAGGGUAUUCAACACAAAUUGAAUGAGAUCACAAGUGAACUCAAGAGAGACACUGAACAAUUUAAGGAUUUGUAUAGAUUUACUUUUAAAUUUGGUUUAGAUGUCAGUACUGGCCAGAGAAUACUGCCUACAGACAUAGCUAUUGUACUAUGGCGUCUGGUUUUCACAAACAAUGAGCCUCCUAUUUUGGACAGAUGGUUGUUGUAUUUAGAAAAGAACCCACACAUAAGAGGCAUUCCAAAAGAUACAUGGUAUAUGUUUUUAAAUUUCUGUGAAUUCAUUGGGGAUGAUCUCAGUAGUUACGAUGACACAGAGGCUUGGCCUAGCCUAUUUGAUGAUUUUGUGGAGUAUGAAAAUGAUCAAAUGAAUCAAAAUGUCAAGAAGAAUGAUAUCAAACCACAGGAUUAAUGUCCAUUGCCAAAUUUUAGCUUCUGUAGGUACUUAAUUAAGAUAUUGAGACUGAUAAUCUGAUAAUGAAUGUUCAAUGAUGUUAGUCUUGUAUCUCUGGUGAAGUUAAGUGUUAAUAAGGUAAAUGAAUGUAUUACUAGUAUGAUGUACUGAACAAAAUUGAGUAGGUACAUAUUGUGAGAUUUAAAAAUGUACAUAAAGUACUUUUAUAUUUUAUAAAUGUUUAUCUUUAGGUUUAUUUUUAAAAAUUAUUUAACAUUCCAGUGAUGGAAUUAGACAAAAUUGUGUAAAUAUCGUUUUUAGUUGCAUCAAAGGUACCUUCUAUUUCUUUAACAUUGUAUAUUUUUUACAUCUACCUUUCUUUGUUGCUAUUUGUGGAGUCUAAAUCUUGCACAAAAUGAACAUUGCCUGAAAAUAAUUAAAUAAAAAUA